AUGCCCUAUAGCUAUCUUGCCGAAGUGUGGGGGCAGGCGGCCCAACCUUACGCAAAUCAAUUUUCUGCGUGUGUUCAAGAAUCCAUCGACCUGAUUCCCAAAGUUUCGCGACUGCCGCAGCCGCUCUCAACAACACCAGGUCACCCUUUCCACUCUGGAGAAGCUCCACCUCGAGAAUUCAAACCAUCUUCCACUAAAUCAUUGACCAUCCCGUCGACUCUAGCCAUCUACCCAAUCCGUCUUUGCCAUCUCCCCCUCCAUCUCUGCGAGCUUCUUCUCUUCUUUCUCUACAAGCCCUUCCCCUCUCCGAUCCCGAUCCCGCUCCCUGGUGCACUUUCUGCAAACGCAACCGAAGCCCAGCUCCGUUGCCAAACCAGCUCUGAUCUCGGAGCCGGCUUCAAAAAAAGAAGAUAUCUUCACUUCUCUCCGGCGCCACACAAAGCCUAG